AUGACUCGUCAUCUGAGGUAUGAAUGCGGAGCCGAGUGGUUGUUUCCAUGCAGCUUCUGUACCUACAAAGCGAAGCAGAAGGCUCACUUGAUGAGUCAUAUUGCUCUCAGGCAUUCAUCUACCUGCGACGUGUGUGGCAAGUCGUACAAAUACCGUCGCAGCAUGUUGCGCCACAAACGCUACGAGUGUCAACGGACAGCAGGCCAAUUUCCUUGCCCCUUCUGUCCAUACCACACCAAGUGGAAGUCAAAUCUACAAAGCCAUAUGCUUUUCAAACACCUCACCACUUUGCUGUAUCCAAAGAGUUUCCGUGUGUUGAGUGUGGAAGAUCGUACAACCGCAAAGACAAUCUUCUUCGUCACCAGAAAUUUGAGUGCGGUCAAGAUCCCAACUAUUAGCUACACAUCCUUCAAGGUCACAGACAAAUUCUCUUGUGAGAAAUGUGGAAGAUCUUACAACCGGAAAGACAACUUACAGCGACAUCAGAAAUUGGAGUGUGGACAAGAUCCAGGCUUCUUUUGUCCGGUUUGUCCUUAUAAGACCAAACACAAGAUGAUUGGCUACACAUCCUUCAAGAUCAAAGACAAAUUCUCUUGUGAGAAAUGUGGAAGAUCUUACAACCGGAAAGACAACUUACAGCGACAUCAGAAAUUGGAGUGUGGACAAGAUCCAGGCUUCUUUUGUCCGGUUUGUCCUUAUAAGACCAAACACAAGAACUCUGGAUACGAAGUGGUCUUGAAGGAUGGCAAGGAAAGGUUUGUUUGCGUGUCCUGCGGACGAUCGUACAGCCGCAAACCCAAUCUGCGUCAACACCAACGAUACGAGUGCAACACUGAACCAAACUACCUUGGCACAAGCGGAGGUAUGGAGGUGCAUGGGGCGUUGGAAAUUUUUCGCCGGUCUGAAGAAGUGAAUGGAGCCAGGUACGUGAACUUUUUGGGGGACGGCGAUUCUAAAGCGUUUGAUACUGUGAAGGAAGAUAAAGUGUAUGGUGAUGAUGUUGAUUUUAAUAAACUAGAGUGCAUAGGACAUGUGCAGAAGAGGAUGGGCAAGCGGCUUAUGAAUCUAAAAAUUAAAACUGCGAAAACAGCGCUACCGGAUGGCAAGGGUUUAGGUGUGAUUGGCUACACAUCCUUCAAGAUCAAAGACAAAUUCUCUUGUGAGAAAUGUGGAAGAUCUUACAACCGGAAAGACAACUUACAGCGACAUCAGAAAUUGGAGUGUGGACAAGAUCCAGGCUUCUUUUGUCCGGUUUGUCCUUAUAAGACCAAACACAAGAACUCUGGAUACGAAGUGGUCUUGAAGGAUGGCAAGGAAAGGUUUGUUUGCGUGUCCUGCGGACGAUCGUACAGCCGCAAACCCAAUCUGCGUCAACACCAACGAUACGAGUGCAACACUGAACAUUACCCACCACACCCCGUGGGAGGACCCACAGCUCCAUGGAUGGCGUCCGUCUCUCUUCUCUCGUCCCAGAAGCACCCUUGCUUCAAGUGCGGAAGAUCGUACAAACGGAAGGAUCAUCUGACACGACAUCUCCGCUGGGAAUGUGGAAAGACUCCGCAGUUUCAGUGUUGCUACAAGUGCCAGAAGUGCGGGAAAGUUUACACGUUAAAGACAAAUCUUUGUCGUCAUGUGAAUUUGGAGUGCGGCCAACCUCCGAAGUUCGCGUGUACUCUCUGUCCAUAUAAGGCUAAACGGAAAGGAACCCUCAAGACUCACAUGCCGUCACAUGUGCCCGAAGUGUGGACGAGAGUACACGCUGAAACAUAA